GAGGACGAGCAAGCAACAGACGGGAUGCCAAAAAGUGAGGACCGGUGGAGAGGUUUUACGCGCUGAAUAAGCCUCUUGAAGAAAUAGCGGUGGAACCAAGACGCAGCAAAAAACACAAGACGAGAAGCUGCUCUUUCUCCGCGGCAACUUGCGCACAGUGCCAGAGUUUUAGCGGCAGUAUUGUUCUGACUUCACUCCAGAGGGGCCACUCCGAGGAGAGAGGACGCACACAAAAGGGAAAAGGAAAAGGACUAACGAGCACGCUUUGUCGUUUAAAGUAAUGGUCCUGCGGUCUUAGAUCCUAGAUUUCUCUGUCUCUCUCUCUCCUCUCUGUUUCUUUUCAUUUUUUUUUUUUUUUUUUUAAUUUUUUGGUCCCGUCGGUUUGUGUCCUCUUUGUCGCCGUGAGAGAGUGGACGCCGGGGUUUGAGGAGCAAGAAGCGGGGCUGUCCACAUGGUCCAACCACUGGCGUGAAAGUUGACUUCUUCAGAAAACAAGAGAACAGGUGCCAGUGAUGAUGGUGGAAUCAGCCUCUGAGACCAUUCGAACGACGCCGUCCAACCAGAACGGAGUCAGCAGCCUCAGCAGCCAGUCAGAUGGAGGGGGAGGCAGAGAGGGCGGGUCUAAUGGGGACACCAAUGGGGAGAUCAGCCCAGUUGACUUAUUGCACCUGCAACAGCAACAGGCCCUCCAGGCUGCCAGACAGUUCCUCCUCCAGCAGGCCUCUGGACUCAACUCCCCUGGCAGCAACGAGGUCAAACAGAGCCCUGUGCAGGUACCAGUGUCCAUGGCUAUGAUGAGCCCACAAAUGAUCACUCCACAGCAGAUGCAACAGAUCCUGUCUCCCCCACAGCUCCAGGCCUUGCUGCAGCAACAGCAAGCACUUAUGCUACAACAGUUACAGGAGUACUACAAGAAGCAGCAAGAGCAGUUGCAUCUCCAGCUUCUGACUCAGCAGCAGCAACAGCAGCAACAGCAGCAGCAGCAAGCUGGGAAGCAAGCAGCAAAAGAGCAGUUAGGCAGUAAGCAGCUGGCCUUUCAGCAACAGCUGAUCCAGAUGCAGCAGCUUCAGCAGCAGCACAUCCUCAACCUCCAGAGGCAAGGCCUGGUCCCACUGCAGCCUACCGCUGCCAUGCAGUCUCUGCAGCAAGCUAUGUGUCCAUCAGACCUCCAGCAACUCUGGAAGGAGGUGUCGGGGGUCCCAAGCAGUGAGGAGGCCCUGAAACAGCCCGAGGGCCUGGACUUGAGCACCAAUAGCUCCAAUUCUACCUCAGUUCCCAAAGCUGCCAGUGCUCACAUCCCACUGCACAGCCUGCCCAAUGGACAGAGCCACACCCCAAAGAGAGACAGAGCCCGACUGUUUGAGUGGAUAUCCUCCUUCACCAAGGCAGACAGCGGAGAUGACCAUGUCCCCCUUUACUCCAAAGGCAGCCAACCCCCCAGCAGCCAUCAUGAGGAGCAUGCUGGCUCCCAUCCUCUCUAUGGCCAUGGAGAGUGUAAGUGGCCUGGUUGUGAAGCACUGUGUGAGGACAUGGGACAGUUCAUCAAGCAUUUGAACAAUGAGCAUGCCCUGGAUGACCGCAGUACUGCUCAGUGCAGAGUCCAGAUGCAAGUGGUGCAGCAACUGGAGAUACAGCUGGCAAAAGAGAGCGAGCGACUCCAGGCCAUGAUGACCCACCUGCACAUGCGCCCCUCAGAGCCAAAGCCUUUUAACCAACCUCUGAACCUGGCUUCCAGUGGCUCUCUGUUAAAGCGGGACAGUGAGGCCUACCCAGAGGGUCUUCCUCACCCCCCCACCUCAGCUGCCACCCCCAUCACCCCACUGCGCCAGGGACCCUCGGUCAUCAGCUCCUCCAGCCUGCACACACACUCCCACUCCCACACGCACGGUGUUGGGCCCAUACGUAGGCGCAACUCUGACAAGUACUGCACCCCUAUUGCCUCAGAGCUGGCCCAGAACUGUGAGUUCUACAAGAACGCUGAUGUCAGGCCUCCCUUCACCUACGCCUCUCUUAUACGUCAUGCCAUUCUGGAGUCUCCAGACAGACAGUUGACUCUCAAUGAGAUCUACAACUGGUUUACACGAAAGUUUGCCUAUUUCAGGAGAAAUACAGCCACAUGGAAGAAUGCUGUACGCCACAACCUGAGUCUGCACAAGUGUUUUGUUCGUGUUGAGAACGUGAAGGGGGCCGUGUGGACUGUGGAUGAAGUUGAAUACCAAAAGAGGAGACCACCAAAGAUGACCGGAAGCCCCACUCUGGUGAAAAAUAUGAUUUCAGGCCUAGGCUUUGGAUCCCUAAAUGCCAGCUACCAGGCCGCUCUGGCAGAGAGCAGUCUGUCCCUGCUGAACAGCUCUCCCUUGGUGACCCCUCCGUCUGCAGCCAGCCUCAACAUGCUGCAUGUGGGCCACGAUGAUGUCAGCUCUACUGUGGAGCAGGUCAACAGCAACGGCAGCUGCAGCCCCACACUCAGCCCGCAACAGUACAGCCACCCGGUGCAUGUGAAGGAGGAGCCAACUGAGGUGGAGGAGGACAGUCGGCCAGUAUCCCUCCUGGCCGGUGUCACACACAGCCUGCCAUUGCCGAGCGACGAACGUGACCUGGAGGAGGACCUUCCCACUGAGGAGCUGGAGUAGAACAGGUCCAAGACAGACCAGAGGGGCAGGACUCAGAGAAAUCAAUCCUGAGCUCUCUCUCGUCAUUGUGAAGAGGAACAGACAGCUACACUUAAGAGAAAAGAGAGAAGAGAAAAAAAUAAGAAUGUUUUUUUUGUUGUCGUUUUUUGUUUUUAAGAAAAUGCAAGCAACCAAGGACGACAUUGAGAAACUCUAAACAGGGUUAGAUGACCUCCGUUACUUUCAGACGCAAAAACAAAGACUGUGGAGCACUGCUUUACCUCCAUGUGUUUCGUUUCCAACACUUGGCUCAGAGGUGCAACACCACUCAACACAUAAACGCUUACACAAAACACACACACUUGCACACUAAUUCACUUGUCAAACCAUGUCGCAUCAUCCGUGGUUGAAUCAGCCUCUAUGUAGAGACCCCUAGAGGCGUGGACACACACUCACCUCCUCGCCCUAACACUCUGCAUACACACCCUCCUCACUGUUGUCCUGGGCUGCCUGGCUAGCUGUUAUAUCUCUAUGUCAGUUGAGGCACGGGCCAGUGUGAACAACGCACACUGAAGAUCAUGUGUAUAUAGAUUUGGAGCAGUCACCAGGGGCUGUGCAGUAUACCUCCCCCUCAUCCACCCCCCUGCCCCGCCCCGCCUUGCCCUGCCCCGCCCCACCCCUGUUGAGUCAAUGACAUGAUUUUUUAUUUUCUUUGACUUGAUUGAGAUGAAACACGGUGGGCUACGAGACAGGAAGGAAAAACGAAGAGUACUUUCAAAGAUUACCUCCAAACAGUUGCUCCAACACUUCAGCAGAGCAGGCUCCUGAUUCCAAGACCACGUGACAGAGGCGUGAUCCUGGUCCCAGCCCAAACUUCUGCCCCCCCACCCCCACCCUCCCACCCUCCAGCAAGACACUUAUUGACGGACAUUUUUUAAACUGUUUUCUUCAAAGCGAGAGGAAAAAAAGAAGACACUUUCUUACCCACCUCCAUCCUUUCCCAUCCCCUGAAAGAGGACCAUUUGGUGCUGUCCUUCUCAUCUCUUCUGUCUGCAGACGGAGCGAUGAGCCAGGAACACUUUGAGAAAAGAAGAAACGAGGGGACGCAGAGAGAAAAGAGGGAGUAAGAAUCUACAGAAAUAUUGUGACUAAAAAAGAAAAACUGUUGAUGAUUAUGGAUACAACAAGAAAAAAAUGUGUGGUAGCUUUGUCAUUUCCUUUUUUUUUUAUUUGAUGUUAUUAUCAUUGUUUAUUUUUUGAAGAUCAAUAUUUCCACGGUGGCGUUCUGUUUCAACUUACCUUUUCUAAGGAUGCUGUUUUUGUAUUGUAAUUUGUUUGAUUUACUCUGGUUGUUCACACCAUUCCAAAUGAGUAUUGGCAAAAAAAAAAAACAAAAAAAAAAAAGAGAAAGCGCAGUAUUGUCCCGACUUGUAAUACCCCACCCCAACUCCUACCCCCUCCCUAUCUGUCCCAUGUGUAGCAGGCAAGGAAUUUGGAAAUAGCACUUAAAGUUGCCAUUAUCCAGACAGAUUAUUUAACAGAUGAUUUGUUUUUAAAUCCUCUCUCAUUCACUUGUUUUUUGGUUGUGUAUUUAGUUGAGGAAUAUCAGUAAUGCUUUAAAAAUAUAUAUAUUAUUACUGCAGUCAGAGAAUACCUCAUCCCACAAAGGUUCCACCUGGAACUGUGUCCAAAUUGAUUAAGAAAUAAGGGGGAAUUCUUUCUGUGGGACACCAAAUGUGGCAACUCUGCUCAGCUUCGAUUCAAAGCUCUAUGGUUGUAAUAGUUACUGUGUAGAAACUAUCUGCAAUUCACUGUGUGAGUUUGUGUUAAAGGAGUAGCGUGUGAGAUUUAUUUUUUUGUUUGUUUUCUGUGAGCAUAAAAGCAUUACUUUUCUCUACAGUGCCAUACCAAAUUUAACAUUUAUUUUAAUCUAUUAUCUGCUUAUUCCCGUUUUUAUUUUUGUUACAGGUAACCAAAGAAAUAUGUAGAAAACCAAAAACCCUGUAGUUUACUUUGCCCUUUUAAAAUUCUUGUUUUCUUCUUAAAGAACUGGCCAAAAGACAACAAAGCAGGAGUUUGAAUUCUUAUUAUUGUAUUCAUGUAACUAUUGUGUUAAAAAAAAUAUACAAGACUUACAGUGCUGACCAUUCCAAAAACCAAAGUGUGUAAAGCAAACGAGAAUUUGGAAGACAUCAGAGCUUUUACAUGAUUAUGUGGUUACAAAUGACUCGCAUUAGUAUGAGGCCAAAAACAAGUAUUAACAAACCUCGCACAGUUCCUCUGAAAAAAGAAGAAAGAAAAGAAAAAGCACUUAGAUGUAAAACCCUGUCUCUCCUACGCUAAAGUGUGUUCCAAACACAGUCUAGUACCGGCCCCAAAAUGAGGCACAUUUGAGGCAUUUGAACACAAAUUGUACGUACUUUUACAACCUGAGAUGCCAAGAAACAGAAGGAUUAUGAAACAUUUUGGCUCUUUCAAAACGUCUGGCUUUAAAAGAUAUUUUCUGGUGCUGUUGUAAAGAAUAGGUGAUUUGAGGAAAAUGAUUCUUUACACACAAAUAUACCCUCUUGAUCUGUAUGUAGUACUUGCAGAAAGAGGAAGUGUACUGUAAUGUUACAAACGUCCCAUUUUUUUGGACAGGGAGGAGUUAUUCCAAAUAAGUAUUUCUAUGAAUAUUUCAACAAAGAGGGAACAUGUAAGAAUAAUGAAAAAAUAUACCAUUGUCAGAGGAAAACAACCAAGUGACAUCAUGUAAUUAAAAGUUGGGUUCAUAUUUUUCAUACUUUUUGUCAGACUAUCUCUUGCACUUCAGAGGAUUUUCUUAUUUAAUGAAAGAACCUUUCUGAUGACUUUGUGUUCAAACAGGACUGUUUCCUGUCACAUUGGAGACUGAUUUCUAACAAAGUACAAAGUGGCAGACAGACAUCUUGAAACGAGAUAAAAACCAAAAAUAACACUACCUCCUUUUCAAAACAGUUCAAUACAUAGCCAAUGGGAGACUGAACUCUCUGAAAUUUUUUUUUUUUUCUCCAUUCUUCCUUGAUAAUAAAAAGAAUGCCAAAAUUGUUGUUACAUUUACUGUAUGACUGACGAAAAAAGAAGCUAUUUGGUGAUCUGGACUCCCUAACACAUCUGCUUGAGCCCAAAAACAUAGAGAUGUUUCACUUUCCAUGAAAUUAAAAUGACUACCUCUCCUUAAACCACAUCUAAAGCACUCUCUACGUCUCAAAGUGUGUUGUGAAGUGCUUACUAUAUAUGAAAAGUUUUCUAUCAGCUGUGUAAAACUGACCAUAUUCCUGCACCCGAUAGCACUGAUCUCUGUGAACAGCCUCUCAGUCGUGUGCGUUGACUGUAUUCGUGCAUAUUCAUGACGGGGCUCUGCUUUCAGCCAAUGAGAAACCGGCCGUUAAUGGCUACGUGAUGUUGCAGGGACGUGGUUGUCAGGUGUGACGAUGAGCAGACGACAUCAGUGCCACCUGGACACACACACACACAACACACAGACACACUAGAAGCAUAGAAGCAGGGCUAUGGGUUAGUGCAAACAGAGGCUCUGACCAUCCAAAUAUCCAAAGACCGACACAGAGCAUUACCCCCUUCACCAGGACACUCACAGAGACGCCGAGAGGACUAACACACACUUAACAAAACUCAUCACUACUAGUAGUAAUAUCCAAACCAAGAGGAACUGCUGCAUUCAGUACACAGAUGAUCUCUGAGUUGUGCUUUAAGGUACACCUGUAAACAAAGCUGUUUUAUAAAGAUGUAGAUUGUUCACAGGUCGCCAUGUUCUGUUCUUUCUCCAGCUUGGCAUAACAUGAUGUAUUCUUGUAUAUUAAUGCUUGACUUUUCUCUCCAGGGCAUUCUGUCUCCUUUUGUCCUUUGAUUUUCUCUUCUUUUUUGGGGUUUGUUUUAUUUUCUGCACCUGUUUAGCUAUUGUAAAGCUUUCAGCUCUGAUUCCUAUACUGUACUGCUAAUGCUGAAGUAUAUGUAUUUAUCAUAUUAAGUGCUGCAGGUAACUUGGUUUAAUAGUUUUGUUUUUGUUUGUUUGUUUCCAUUUUUUCAGUUCUUCAUAAAACGUCUGGGACGCUGAUUUUUUAAGUGUAUUAUCUCUAAAAAAAAUUAAAAGAAUAAAAGUUAGAUCAGUGGUUUAGGUAACACCUGUUUGUAUAUUUAUCUUAGCUAGGUCUAUUUUGAUACUUUUUUGUCUCUGUACUGCAUUUAUGCAUUUUUAAGGAAAGAAAAAACAAAUGGAAAACAAACUAAAAAGUUACUUCAUUAUGUAUUGAUACCUCAGAAGGACUUUUUUCUCGAAGACAGGACCAAAACCUCCGAAAAAGAAAAAGAGAAAGAGAACGAGGAAAAAAUGUAAGAAAUAUGUAGCCCCUCUCUUGCUUUAAAAAAUGCGGAGCUCUAGAAAGGUAUUGUUGUUGGUCCUUUCAGGUGCCAAUAUGUAUCCCAGCUCCCUGUGACCCCUCCCUCUGACCCCCCGACCCCUGUCAUUCUUGUGCUGAACCCUGACCCCCAGAGCUGUCAAUCAUCUGCAGGCGCCAUGGGGAUGUCACUGAGUCACACACCUGGCGGUUGGUGACCAGUGGCAGACCUCAUCUCCCACUCCCACAGUGGCAGAUCAAAGACUGACACAGUUGCAGUUGAUUCUCCUCCUAUUGAAUAGUCUCAAUACCAAAAUGUGGAAUGAGUCUCAGAGAUGCAGCUCAUGCUCUGACAACCAAAGGCAUUGCAAGACACCGUGCUUAGUCCAAACUUCUAAACUGUAACCAAACUGUAACCAAACCAAUGCCACAACUUUAACCAAACAAAAACCAAGCUACUUCCAAAACCCUCCAUCGACUUCACAGAUCACCUUUACUCACAGCUGUUAUCUCUCAUACUUUCACGUAACGGUGUUGUAGGACCAGCCUGCGUCCUGCAAGGGCUGGAGACCGACUCAAUGGAUGAAGGGAGCCCAAAUCCUGAUGAGUGAUUGGACAGUUCUGAGGUGUCAUAUAAAGGGGAAGGGACUCUCAAAGUGGAGCAUUUCCUGGCGGUAUUAUCUAAUAGACAGCCACAAUCCAAUGGAACUACCACUUCAGCUCUCCUCUGGUUAAACCUUAGGAAUGUGUGUACAUUUUCAGCAGUGACUCUCUGUAUUGUUUCUUAGUUUCAGUUUACCUGUUUACCUAUCUUUAUCCUUUGAUUUUUGUUCUGUUUCUUGUUUUAUGAAAGUGUGACCCGUGUAAGAGGCGGGGACAGGGACUGGGUGUUGGCUUUAGACAGUAGGCAGUGGAGCCCAGCCCUCUGACCCUCCACCCCGGGUAGCCAUGUAAUGCCAGUCACUGCCCUUUCUUUCAUGCUGUAUAAAAACACACACAUAUAUCUGUGUAUUUGUAACCUGAAUCUUCUUGUGUCUGUCCAUGCAGACAAUAAAAAACUGUACAGUAGGUCUAGUUGCAUGUAAUCUGUACUAAUUAUUGACAAUGGCAUUAUAAAAUGCAAUAAAAUACUUAUUACACUGUC